AUGGCCCUCAUUGAACUGAAAUGGAGUUUCAUUCAGGCCAAGGCUCUAGUCUUCUCACUGCUGGUCCUCCUAUGUUUGCACACAGCCAAAGGCAUGUCAGGGUGGGGUGGAUGUUUGGAUGGUCAGGAUGUAUUUGCAACAGUCAGAGAGAACAGCCUUCCCGGAGAAGUGGUUGCUGAACUCUUGGCUGACACCACAAUGGAGGGAGUUCACUGGAGCCUGGAUGGAAAGGAUGCUGAUUGGUUUGUCUUGGAUGAAAGAAACAUCCGGCUGAACACAUCAGCUGACAAGCUCCUUGACCGAGAGGCCCAGGGUCCUGUCCUAAUGGCUGAGCUGUCAUGUUAUGAGGAGGACACUCUUCAGGGUGUUUACAGGAUCAUGGUCGAAAUUCUCAAUGAGAACGAUAAUUCCCCUGUGUUUUCAGAAGACACUGUCCAGUCUCUUAUUAUCAGUGAGCUGACGCCAGUGAAUACUGUGGUCUUUACUGUCCAGGCCACAGACGCAGAUAACGACAAGAUAAUUUACUCCAUUGACCAGACAUCACCUGAUGCAGAGUACUUCAAGGUUGAUCUCCCCAACAGUGGAGAAGUGAUCCUGUCCAAGCCUCUAGACUAUGAGACCAAAACCCUGCUUACCGUCACUAUCCAAGCCUCGGAAAUGAGCACUGCUGAGCACUUCAAUAUCAGCACCAACAUCACUAUCACUGUCCUGGAUGGAGAUGACCAGUACCCACAGUUCCUGCCCUGCGUGCUGCUUUUCCAGGAUGAGACCAGUCGUGUCUGCACCAGCCCUGUGUACACAGUCAAUGUCACAGAGGGGGAAGAGGACAUUGUGUUGGACUUCUCUCCUGGUCCCAUUCAUGCAGUGGACGGAGACAGAGGACUGAGCUCUCCAGUCAGCUAUGCCAUUCUCUCGGGAGACGAUGAUCAGCGUUUCCUGAUGGACAGAGAGACGGGAGAGGUGAAGCUGACUCGGGGGGUUACAGACAGACUUUCAAAUCCAGCACUGAAUCUACAGGUCAUGGCAUACCAGGACGACGACCCAAGGAAGUAUUCUGUUGCUACAGUGUUGGUACGGGUUCUGGCAGUGAACCAGUUUUAUCCGGGGUUUGACAUGGCUGAAUAUCAAGGCUUUGUAACUGCAGGAAAGAGUGCUGCCUCUCUUGUCAAUACCUAUGGCAGCAAACCACUCAUGUUACAUGUGCAAGAUCAAGACUUUAACAAUGGUUUCAACCCUAUGAUCCACUACACUUUCAGUCCGACAUCCAAUCACACAGACAUCUACCAAAUCACACAAGAGGGGCUUCUGAUCGUCAGGACCAAUCAACUCAAACCAAAACAUAAACACAUUCUAGAGGUAAUGGCUAUAGACCAGGAGUCAGGUGAUGUCAUCUUUGCUACUGUAGUGGUGGACGUGUUAUCUGAAGGACAGUCAAUCCCUCUUAGUCCACUGGGAGAUGGCGGUCUGACAGGCUGUACUGUGGGCAAAGCGUUGUUCCUGAGCAUGGUGUUCAUGGCUCUACUUGGAUGUAUCCUGUCUAUCCUGAUGUGGCUGAAGAAGAAACACAAGGGAAAGAGGGACCCACUGCAGAGAGGCUGCGUGGCCCAGGGCAAACACCCCAAUGUGAGCUUACGAUGGUUCCAACUGGUGAGUCACGGUAGUACCAUGCCACACAUGGAGGAAGUACCCUACAACAAUGAAGAAUAUGGAAACUGCAAUCCCUGCUUCCCCAACAAACCUAGCAUCUACGCCCACCAAGACCCCCCCCCCUGCCGAGGACCCGUUCCACCCAGAACGACCGCUGCACCCGACACCUGCUUCACCCCCACUGAAACUCUGCACAGCCCUGUGAUCUUCAAUAAUAAUGUUUCUAUACCAACCAAAAGCUCCUCUAGUUCACCCACCUUUCACCCAGCUACUGUGGCUGCUUCUCCAUCCAAAGAUAACCCUGGUUCACCAACUGAUGUAUUCCUGGACCUUACUGAGGCACUACCCAACACCAGUCCUAGCCCUGCAACCCAUGAUGCCACUAGCACUCCACCGUUCACCUGUCCUGAUUCACAAACAACCACCAACGAUGACCCUACUGACGUUGUCACCAGCCCCUCCUCUCAAUCCAGUAUUCCAUGCAGUCAUACCCGAAUUGCUUCAGCAGAAAUAGACAAACCCUUUCGCAAACCCCGUGUGAAGACACCCCCAUAUUCACCUUUACAGACCUCAACCCUCCCCAAGCAGACGAGCAUUCCCCCACCCACCCCAGAGCAUGCACCUUUAAAAGCCAAGCUGGUAAAUAUAGAUACGUCUCCCCAUGAUACACCCCCAGUAACACCAGAGCGAACACAGAUUACUCUAAGCACAGAGGCAGACCAAUCUUCCACAUCACUGGACCAAACAGACCAAUCAGAACACCCAGACGGGGCUGCAGACGCCGGUAGUGCAUCUCAGGACAGAAGGCCGUCAACAAACUCAGAAAACAUGCAGGGUGGCCACAAGUAUGACGAUGGUUUUCUGGGAGAACAAGAUGCAGACAAGAACAGUGAGGGUGAGUUAGAGUCAGACGAAGAAGAGCUGCUGAGAGUGCUGGCUCGUUGUAAUCCCAUUUUUAUCACAUUUAGUAAGUGAUGUCACUACAAUAUUGCAGGCAAUGAACGUGAUAGGGCGGAUGACAGAGAAUGGAGGCGGUGAGGUGAAGAUGGACAACACAGACAAGUGGACAUGUCAUCGAUCAAGAAAGAAACACGACAGUCUGGUUCUCCUUGUACUGUAGGUACUGCUGAGGACAGAAUACAUUGCACAAGAUAUACAGCACUUGGGCUGCAUAAAAGAAGACACACAUAUGUCACACAUAUUUCACACACUGUAUACUGCAUAUGUAAACAUAAACCUUUGAUAAUACACAAUUAUAAGACGUAAUGUUCCAUUUAUACUAUAGAGUAAGCCUAGAUGACAGGAAUGAGUGACCUUGAAUGCACAAUGCAGUCUUUUAGAUCAAAGGUAUCCGUAUAAAUUAUGAAUAGAUUUUUCAAGGAUAAGACAGUUAGAGCAGCCUGAAUGCAUCAGUCAUGACACAAAUAUGUUGUCUGCGAUUGUUUACGAACAAUAAUGAGAUUAAUGUGUGUUGUCUUUGAAAUGCAAAUCCACAUGAAAUCACAUUAUGUAAAAAAACUGCUGGAACGCUUGACAGUUUAAAUUCAGAGAAACGUCUAGCAGCAAUUUUGCACCCUGAGCGAUUCCCUGUAGAUUUAUCCUUUAAAUAGCUGCUGAGUACUGUACAUUCGAAACUUUCACAUAGUGUACUGCAGCAUUCAUUGUUUUGUUAUGCCUACUCUACAAGCUGCCUCAUUUUUUCCCCUUGAAAAUGAGUAAAGUUACUACUGUCUAACCAAAUCAACGAGCCAAGAGUAGUUAUGUUAUGUUAUGCUGCGACUGGCCUGCAAA